AUAGGCCUACUCCAGCGCUCUCACACAUUCAUUCAUAGUGGAAGCGCCACAGCAUGCUGAAAUCCGACGUCUGGGCGCACAACUUGCGGGAUGUUUAUGGACUUAGAGAAAGUGAAGACCAUUCCAACAUGCAUUCUUUCUGAGUAAAGGGAUAUCUCGCAAGCCGACACGGAUGUCUUGUUUUCAGGCGAAGGGACAUUACUUGAGGAAGCCUGGACUCUUUAGCGACAUUGGUUCGCCAACCAAAGUGGAUUGCCUUUUUGAUUGUAACUUAUCGGAAUUAAAAACAAGAGAUCUUGAGGAGGAACUCGAGGAAAACUUGAAAAGGCUAGGUGCCCCAGCCGGGGAAAUGUUCCAAGGGUUCCCCGGAGACCUCGAUACCGGCUCUCGUGGAAGCUCAUCUCCCUCUCUCGAAUACCUGUCCUCCGUAGACUCCUUCGGGAGCCCUACAACUACAAGCGCUCCUACACAAGAGUGUGCAUCGACUGCUAGUGCGCUAAUAGGCCCAGCAGGCAGCAGCAGUAGCAGCAGCAUCGGCGGCGGGACAGCGGCAGCGGCAGCAGCAGCAGCAGCAGCAGCAGCGGGCAUCAGUGGAGCUGGAGGGUUGGAAAUGCCCGGCUCCUUCGUGCCUACGGUGACCGCAAUCACCACCAGCCAAGACCUGCAGUGGAUGGUGCAGCCCACCCUGGUGUCCUCCGUGGCCCCUGGCCAGCAAGGAGGGGGGGACCCCUCCUCCUCCGCGGCCGCUGGGGCCCCACCGUCCACCACCAUGACCCAGCCGGGGGCCCUGGGGGUGGGGGACCCGUACGACCUGCCGGGGCCCAGCUUCUCCUCCUCCUCCGCGGGGACCGGGCCUGGAUUCAGCCCGCCGCCGCCGUGCUCCGACACCCCUGGCCCCGUACGUCCGUCUCGGGCUCGCAGCAGACGCUCACGAGAAGAGAGUUUGACUCCGGAAGAGGAGGAGAAGAGGAGAGUGAGGCGGGAACGCAACAAGCAGGCGGCCGCCAAGUGCCGCAACCGCCGGCGUGAGCUUACAGACAAGCUGCAGGGAGAGACAGACAUCCUGGAGGAGGAGAAGGCAGAGCUGGAGGCGGAGAUCUCGGAGCUGCAGAAAGAGAAGGAGAGGCUGGAGUUUGUCCUGGUAGCGCAUCAGCCAACCUGCAAGAUGCCCUACCAGGAGCAUCCGCAUCCGCAGCAGCAUCCGCAGCAGCACCAGCCGCAGCAUCAGCACCAGUUGCCUCCAUCCUCCAUGGGCCUCCAGCAGCAGCAGCAGCAGCAUCAGCUGCUCACUGCCCAUCCCCAGCUGCCCGCCGCCGUGUCCGUGGUGGGACUGAGUGUGAAGGACGACUCGUUCUACCUGCCUCCCGCCUACUCGUCGCACCUGCCGCAGCAGAUCACCGCGGCGCCCACGCCUGGCACCGGCGUCACCGGCCAUCACCAUCAUCCACAGCAGGCUGGGAUGAUCCAGGAGGUAGCCUUUUCUACUUCUUUCUAUGGGCAAGUUGAGGUGGCGCAGGGCAGCCCGUGUCCUCCCGCCGCUACCCCUGCCGCCGCCGCUGCUGCUGCUGCUGGCGGUGGUGGUGGUGGAGGUGGUGGUGGAGUAAUGGUUGGUGGUGGUGGUGGUGGUGGUGUAAACAAUCACGAGACCAGCACCAGUGGCACCGGUGGCUGCUGCAACCCCUCAUACACGUCUUCAUUUGUGUUCAGCUACCCAGAGGGAGUCUGCGGGGCCAUCGGCAAUCACUGGACCAGCAGUAGCGAGCAGUCCUCAGACUCCCUAAACUCGCCCUCGCUUCUGGCGCUCUGAUUUAAUGAUGACUCGCCACAACGCUCUUCCUUCUCCUUCCACACAGCAGUACCUACCUGCAGUGCUACCUACCUACCUUCUCUUCUCUCUGUGCCGUAUACCGUAUGCUCUCCUACGUGGCAUAUUUUUCACUCUCUUUACUUGCCCCAAGCUGGCUAACGGGAGGAAAAUGUGUUGCAUGAUGCAUAUGUACUGUACGUAUAACAGAGACGUAUUGACAGUAGCUGAGCAGACUCAGUUGUACUUCAAUACACUUUAAUAGUUUUUACAUUUAAAUGUAAACUUACUGAUGAUGUCACAUCAGGCUGAUUAUAUGAGCCAAUGAUACAGUAACAACCUAUAGUGAGUCAUUGAUAUGAGCCCUUCAUUAGAUACCCAGAUGAUGAAAUGAUUUAAAUGAUUUUUGAAAUCACAGUUCAGGUUGACAGAGGUUGACGUCUGGAUUACACUGUCCAGUCAGUGUAAUGUAAUGCAAAGCAAAGUUGGAUUUGAUGUAGUUUUGACUCUUGGUCUGUGCUACAAUUCAUAGCCUCGUCUUUUUACACUCUCUUACCAGGAGAGACACAUACUAUACGCACAUACACAUGUAAAUACAUUUAAACCACUUGCAUGUGAGAUGCUUGCUCCUCACCUGCGUUUAUGCAUCCACAUUUACUCCCCUUGCUGCCAUUAUGUGUUUUUUCUCUUAUUUCCCUUUGCGUUUUGUUCUCUCCACCUCUGUCCUGUCCGCUCACUGACUGUCUGCAGAAUGUAUUUUAGAAGAGGAGAGAGGAGCUGUGGAGGUGCGUGAGGGGACUUGUGAUUUUAGUAUCUUGUCUAAGACGUCACCUCAACCUCUCCCUCUCUCUCUCUCCCUUGCACUCUUCCUCUGCCAAUUUCCUGAUUUAUCAAAAAAAAGGCUGGAACUUGGAAUUAUGGGAAGGUUUUUUUCCCCGCCCCUUGUCUUAUUCUUCCUCUGUUUUUUUUUUCCUUGCAUCAUUCUCUAUCAGCCAAAUCUCCAUAUCUGUUUUCUCCUAUUUUUUCUCCUAUUUCUUUUGUGUUUCUGUCUCUGCUCUGUCUUUGAAGUCGUCCACAUCAGAGAGCCCCCCGGCCCCCGACAGCCCCUGGGACCUAGACUGAACUCCUGAACUGCUCCUUCAACAUCAGCCUCCUCCUUCUUCAACCAACGCCUCCGCUCAACCACUCCCUCCCUCCCUCCCUCCCUCCCUUCACCUGGCCUGGACCUGCCAACAGAAGACCGGCGCAGAGCGGAGCUUAUUGCACUUCAAAAUGAAAUAAAAAACAAAGAGAGAAAGAUGAUUUUAAAAAAAUGUAAAGGAGAGAAGCAAGCGGUGGAAGGACGCAACGUCGUCCACGUGUCAGUCAGUGACGACACGCAAACUAGGAGGACUUGCUACAUGCUGUGUGGAGACAGAUGAGAUAAGACGAGACGUGCCUUGUCUUGGUCUCCAGGAGUGCUGGACGGUCCCCUGGUUUUACACACCGUCAGCCGAGCUGAUUUGACUUAUUGAUUGUUUAAGCAUGUUCAAUGCAAAAGGGAAAGGCCGUCCAGUUAUCGGAGUGUUUCAGGCAAAGGGCUUUUUCAGCCUCACGGUCAAAAAAGAAAAAAAAAGAAAAUAAAAGAAGCAUAAAAUCAACAUAUUAAUAAAAAAUAUAUAUUUUAAAAAAUAAAUUAUCCCUCGGUUUCAGGGGUAAGGCAGAACAGUUGUAUUGUCCGAGGGUCUCAGUAUGGUUUUGUGUAUGGUUCUUCCUUCUCUUGUUGUAUAUUUGUAUUUUUUCCGUUGUUAUUGUGUGUUCCAAAAAAUAGUGUUAAACUUGACUGAAAAAAAGAGGCAUAUUAGAUUGUUAAGUGUUUCUUUAUUGUUACUUCAGAAAAGAGACCCUUUUGCCGAUUAUUUUCAUGCAGGUGACAUUUCUGUGACAUGGAAAGAAAAGUAUUUAUGGAGAUAUGGAGAAGAACCGUAUAUUGCCUUUGGAUUGGUGGGCUUUGUGAUUCUGUGGUUUGUGGCAGGUUUGCUCUGAACAUUGCAAGUGGAUUUUGGCUCUGCACCCGUUUUCUUUUUGCAGGCCUCGUAGGUUUAUCUGAAGACUCUGCUCUUUGAUUUUUUUCCUCAGACUAAUACUCCAAUGGUUAAAAAUCGAAAGAGAAAAAGAGAAUUGCUUUAUUUAGGGAGUAUAAUGUCAUCCGAGGAAUAGCCGUUGUUGAAUGUGUGUGUUUGACAAAUCCUUGGUUUUAGAGUAUGAGGUAUAACCUGACCUCCCAUAUCAACGACAGUAAUGUUAUAUGCUUAUAUAAACCUAUAACACCAAGAUGUCACAUACAGUUAUACAGUAUACUAUAAUACAGACUGUAGGGUCCUAACCAUGUGAGCAUGGUGAGAUCCAAUCACUAACUCACUGCAUGUAAUCUUACAAUAUGCCCGAGUAUACUAUUGCUUUUGCUCUGAAAUGGAUGUUGUGGUUGGUGAUGUGUGUAUGUGUAUAUCCCUUUCAUUUGCAUUUUGAGAAGGUCGAUUGUGGCUUGGUUGAACAGCAGACACAGGUGGUAGUUCUACUCAGCUAUAGUUUGAUCACUUCUUAUAAAACUGUCGGGUAAAUCAUUGAAACUGUGUUUUUUUUUCCUUGAAUCUUGGAGCAACGGCAAGUUGUGUGUUAAAUGUGCAUAAAUGAUUCAAAAAUCAUAUUGCUGAGCCAUGUUUGAGUCCUAUCACAUGCAUACUCUGUAACUCUAAAACCAUGAAUUUGACAACAACACAGAUAACUGACUUCAUUUUAAGUAAGUGGUGGAUGAAAUUACGUAAUAUUCUCAUUUUGUUUUGAGAUUUAACAUUGGAAUAUUUGUUUAAGGAAGUUGUUGAGGGUAAGCACAAAAAAAGAGAAAACAAGACACAAGAAGGAGAUGUCUUUAAAUAUGAAUCCUUUAUUUUCCUGUGAAAUGUUAUUAAUAUUAUGUUUACUUUAAGCAUUUAAAUGUUUAACUGUUGAUUUUAGAGUUUUGAACUUUUUUUGUUGUUCCUCCCAUUUUCUUGUGCCAUUGCUGCCGAAUAGAUGCAUUUUGUGAGCCUUACAAUAGUAUGUUUGUCUACUGUUGUCCUUUUUUGUUUAGACUAUUUCAUCUGAUUCGGUUUGGCAACGUAUAGGAGAGUGUGUUGUCCACUUAACUUUUUUAUGUACAAGUAUAGGUUUAUAUGCAUGUGUGUAUAUAUCUAUACACACAAAUAUAUGCUAACAAACAGUAUACAUACACAUGUUACUUAUACACACAGUAUACUGUACAUGUACACAGAUUGUAAAAAAAUAUUUGAAUAUAAAAUUGCUAUUUUUGUCAAUGAACAAAGUGGGGUAAAACAGUUUAAGUCUGUCUGGUUUUAAUUAUAUUUUUCUUAAAGAAAAAAAAAUAGUUCACUGCCCUUAUCCUCAAACAUGAGACCUAAUUGGUAUGAACACUAACAUGAUAAUCAUAUGAUAAGCACCACUGUGCUACUGUAUAAUGUUGCAUGUAGUUACAGGAUCAUUUAAACAUAAUUACUGUUUUGAUAAAUGCACCUACCAUUCAUGCUGCCACAAUGUAGGUCAAUGCCAUUAUGGACAAGGCAUGACAGACAAUGGAAAAUACAUAUUUGGGUAGAGAUUAUUAUGGGAAGAUGGGUGGGCUUAUUGAAUUUGCAAAAUGAACUGUAUUUUUGCAUUCAUUGUAAUGGGUCAUAUUUGGGUUGAAAUCAUGGUGCGUAUUCUGGGGCUUGAACUUUGUUUUUUGUUUUUACCCGAGAGGGUUUAUAAGGGGAUUGGCAUAGCAGGUUAAGGGGAAGCCCUCAGUAGGCAGCUAGUUAAUGCAUUUGAAGAAUGUCCAACAGAGGGUAAACCUCCAGCAGUCAUGUCAUACAUGUUAUUGAAGAAUUCCAAAUCCAACUACCCUGCCAAAGCAUUAAAAUCAAUGUGG